UGCAACUCGUGACCAGGGACCUCCCUUCGUUGUGGGAUGACUAUACAUACAUGCCCACCGGCCAUUGCUGACCUUCUUGACGGGUCCAGGCAGGAUGGGUGGGAUAUAAGUGAAUGGCCUGUCUUGCUGGUGCUAACCUGCUAACCCGAUCUGAUGCCUGCCGAUGCUCUCUGUGUGCCAUUCAUUCACUGUCACUGUCACUGCCCGGUGUUCCCUCACUAUCUACCCCGACAAAGUCAUCGUCCCCUCCAUCCCCUCCAUCCCACCUUCAACUCCCUCACCGCCUUCCCUCUUGGUGAUAGCCCAUUCCACACGUGAUCCCUUUUCCCCUUGGCCCGCCAACCAAGACUAUAACUAUAUCUAACCGAUUCUCUCAGCCCCAAAGGCUUUCACUGUUUCGGCCAUGUCUGUGGACAUCCCAGGCCCGGCCUCAGACGUGCAGCUCCUCGUUAGUGAGGCCAAGUCGCUUGUGUACCAGCUGUAUGAUCCGGCCAAUACUGGCAACCCCGCCAAGAUCAAGGUCAUCCAGGAACAGCUGCAGAGUCUCCAGAAAAGUCCCCAGGCCUGGCAGAUCGCCAAUGACCUUCUGACCGAUGCCAACACAGACUUGAGGUUCUUCGGAGCCUUGACCUUUACCGUCAAGAUCAAUAAUGACUGGCAGAACUUGAGUCCCGAGGACGGCCAGGAGCUCCUGGGUCGGCUCAUCGAUCAUUUUGUCUUCUUGGUCAACGCGGGUGAACGACCGUUCGUCAUUCGCAAGCUGGCCUCAAGUCUGGCGACGAUUUUUUUGAAGCCCAACGCGCCCUGGACUCGAGCGGUCAGCAAUCUGACUGCAUCCCUGGCAAACGGGAAGCAUGUUCCCGAGGAACAGAGCAACCCCCUCAGCCUGCGGACCGAUGUGCUGCCUGCGUUGUCCGAGCGGCAACUGACCUGCCUGCUCUACUUUGUCAACACUCUCGCCGAGGACAUCAACCGGUGGAGCGCGGAGCCACGGCGCGUCAAGGAGGAGCGUGACUUCUCGCCAAACGUCCAGGAUGCCUUCGAGCUCGUUGAUUGGGUCCUCUGUCACAUCGUGCGGCAACACAGCGCGGACAUGGCCCUGCCCGAAGAGGCUCUUGGAACGGAAGCCAUAAGCGCGUAUCAGGCCUGGCUGGCGGUACGGGGUGCCAUCCCGAUGCGCGUUCUAGUCACCACCGGAGAUCUCAUUUUCAUUACUGCCCACGUCAUCUUCUCCAUGAAGAUCCCCAGUCUGUCCAAGGCCGCGACGCAGGUCGUGAUAGAGCUGGUCGACUGGCGUGAUAGCAUACUGACCAAGGAGCAUCUCCAGUCGAUUAUGGAAUAUAUUGUGAAUGAUUACGGCACUGGACGCGUCGCGGCGCUCAUGGAGGGCGAUUUCGAUGACGACCAUAUGGCUUUCUUGGAGCUCCUCCUGGCGUAUGGGAGCAUGGAGCAACGAGAGCUGACGAAAACCCCCCUGGACCCACCGCACGCGAAGAUGCUCACUCUCCUUCACACUCUGUUCAAAGCGCCUGGAUACGCCGGCGUGGACGACCCAGUGGCGUCGCUGGCCCUCGAAUGGUGGACGGAAGUGGCCGAUGACAUCCAGGAGACAUAUAUGGAUUCCGAAGAUCGCACGCAGUUCCAGCCUGCCAAACAGAACCUGGCCCAGGCCGCGCUGGACUGCUUCGAGAAACUCAAGUAUCCGAGCUCGGAAGAGCUGUCCAGCUGGGGCGAAGACGAUCGUGCUGAGUUCGGCUCUUUCCGACGCGACGCAUGCGACUUUCUCCUGGCCAUCUACCCGAUCCUCGGAGUGGAGCUGGUGCAAGUCUUCCAGGAGCGGGCGACACUGUCGCUGACGCAGCAGGAGUGGCGCACGUUCGAGGCCGCGAUCUUCUGCCUCGCGCAGCUCUCGGAGGCCGUCGACGAGAACCAGCACGCGGACGAGUGUCUGAACUCGAUCUUCUUCUCGUCCGAGUUCGAGCGCCUGUGUGGAGAGAACGGCGUGGCCAUCCCGGACAAGCCCCGCCAGACGCUGGUGGACAUGCUGGGCAAAUACCAGUCGUACUUCGAACGCACGCACGCUCUGCUCCCACGCGUUCUCACGUUCCUCUUCCUGUCGCUCGAGAAAUUCCAUUGCGCGCCCAUGGCAUCUCGGUCCAUCGCCCAUCUCUGCAACUCCUGCCGCCAUGCGCUCACCGCGGAGCUGCCGGUGUUCCUUCACCAGUUCGAGCAAUUCCGCUACAAGCCCACCGCCACCGUCCAAGCGAUGGAGCGGGUGCUGGAGGGCAUCGCCGCCAUCAUACAGACCUUGCCGACGGACGAAGCGAAGGCGCAGGCGCUCGAGGGGAUCCUGAAGUUCUUUGUCGUGCAGGCGGAGACUGCUCGCGAGGAUGCCGGCAACGGGCUGUUGGAGGCGUCGCAGGGUCGCGGCCAUCUGGUGCUGCGAUGCGUGGCCAGCAUUGGCAAGGGCCUGCGCACCGAGGGGGAAGUCAACCUGGACGCGAACGACGAGGACAACAACCCCUAUCCGCCGACGUUCUGGAACACCACGGGCUGUCUAUCGCAGCACAUGAUCAUGAGCUGCAUCCAGCUGCUGAUGGCCGAUUUCCCCGUGGACGUGUGCAUGACCGAAGCCGCGUGCGACAUCCUGAAGGCGGGCUUCACGGAGCGCAGCGGGCCCUUCGUCUUCCAGCCCAGCAUCACGCGCGGGACCGACACGGUGAUGGCGACGGCAUCGGCCUUCCUCGCCUCGCACAGCGCCCAUCCGCACCUGAUCCGCACCGAAGCCACCCGGCUGAUCGUGCACGUCUACGACACCUUCUGCUGGAUGAUCGAGAAGCCCGAAUGCUACGACCCCGAGGUAGCCAACAGCGGCAUCGACUUUCUCACGCGCUCGCUCCGCAAAUACCACCCGUUCCUGUUCGAGCUCACCGAGGCGCCCCCGGGAGCCGCAUCCGAUAGACCGUCUGUCCUCAACGCAGUGCUGAACUUCACUCUCCAGUCGCUGCAGGGCCCGGAGCCCCUCCCUCUGCGGUCCGCAUCCCAGUUCUGGGUCGGCGUGCUGAACCUCCCGACGGACCGGCCGGAGAUCCACAACGCCAUCAUGCAGUGUCUGCCUGCGCUGUGCGGGGCGCUGAUGACCCAGAUCGCCGGGCGCUGUGCACGGUCGGAUCUCGAGCACCUGAACGAAGUGCUGCGCAAGGUGAUCUUCAAGCAGCAAGGGGCCGCGCGCAUCCACCUGUCUGCCGCUCUGGGCGAUCUCCAUCGUGACCACUCGAGUCCCCAGCAAGGCGCCAACACCCCGACCCCCGAGGAGCGACAGCGGUUCGUGGCGUCGCUGCUGGCUGCAAGGGGAGCCCGCGCGCCCACCAACCAGCUGUCGCGCGACUUCUGGAUCAAGUGCCGCGGUGUCAGCUUCGAUUACGUUGGGUAG